CAUAUUUGCUAAUAAAAUAACAUGAGGUAGUUUUUUAGCAACUCGAUACAAUACAGGGGUACUAAAUGCAAUAAACCCGUGUUUUCAUGCUAUAAAUAGCUUUUCACGAGCUUCUCAUAGGCCAAAAACAUUCUUGAAAAUAACAAUUAAUAAAAACAAAAAGAUGGAGAUGGGGAAAUUGAUAAGGGCAUUUGUUUUGGUAGUUUUGUGUGUGGGAAUGUUGACAGAGAGAUCAACUGCCUCUUUCAAAGAUUGCUACACAAAGUGCUUCAUCUUCUGCAUGAUCGAGCCUACGCAGACACUUUGUUCGUGCACCACGCAUUGCUUGAAAGAUUGCAUCUUUCAAGAGAUUCAGAACGAUGCUAGUGAAGAUUCCGACAACCUCGGAUUCUGCAAACUCGGCUGCGCUUUCUCCAUGUGUUCUUCUUUCAGCACCAAACGAACUCCCAAUGGAGAAAAGGUGGAUGGAUGCGUGGGAUCCUGCUCCAACAAGUGCGUCAAGAGCUACUCAUCGUCACCUUAGAAGAUUUUCCGAUCGAUUUCAUGAAUGUUUUUAACUUCAUUUUUUAGUCGGAAAAUUAAGGUGUUGUUGAUUAAUUAAACAUCAGUAUUAAUCUUAAUCCAUUUGUAUACCUUCCUCCAGGGGGUUAUUAGUAUCUUGUAAUCUUUCUGUAGAUUCGAGAUUGAUUGUUCAAAGCUUGUUUGAGCUCGAUUUCUAUAAUCUAUGAAGUUCGGCUCUAGCUUGAAAUCGAU